AGCCUGAGCCCAGCUAUAGACACCAAAAACCAAGUCUUGGGCACCACAAAGCCCACAAGCCCUCCUUUUCCCUCUACCACUCAAGAGGAUACUCUGGACGAAACUCUACAUCUUGUUACUGUGCCUUGCUCUUACUGUGAAUUACCUGGCGUCCCAGUUCCUCACCGUCAUGGUUGGCUUUUUCUACGUCCUAUGGCAACGAAGACUUCAGGCAGGUAGGGAGCUGAUCUAUAUUCUGUCCCAGAAUCUUCCAGUGGAACAGUUGGUUCCCACGUACCAGACCUUGUGGGAGACCCUGUGCGUAGGAAGAACCUGGUCCCUUGGGAUCGUUUGCUCCCUGCUCAACUCGGCCCAGAGAAGUACCCUAAGACUGCUCAGUAACCUGAGAUAUGAGCUAGACAUGGCAGUGUCCAACGCAAUCCAGUGGACCUACUGUAGCCUGGCCAUUGCCCACCAGAUAGCCUAUAAAGUCAUCUUGAAAGCCAUCAUCUACCAGCUGAUCUCCACCCUGCUGGUGAACUGUCUCGAUAGGCUCUGGACUGUCAUCUGUGAGGGCUAUGAGACUUUACUAGCUUUCCAAGAACUUUUAGCGUACCACAUUCAAUACCAAAACCCAAGUCAAACCACGGUUACUAAAGAAGCCUCUACUUAUCGUCACCUUGGCACCUAUUCUCGUCCAAGUCAGCACAUCCCGAGGCCCCAUCAAUCCACUACAAGUGUGUGCUCCCAGACUGUCUCCUUCCCUGCUUCGUACACCAACACAGGGGAGAAUGGCUGUGACAUGAGAGCCGAAGGGAAGUCCCAGAACACCAGGUUCCAAGAUGGCAUGAAGGAAAAGGAAAUUCCAUCAACCUCAAGUCCUAACAUUGACCAAGAAAUGAAAAGGCUCUGUAAUGCCAUCAUCUUAGGCUAUCUCUACACCAUAUGCCUCCUCAUGCAAAUGAUGCAAUGAAAUAAAGGAACCGGUGGUGUAA